UGUUCGCCACUUCCUGUUUUGAUUUUCUUUUCGCUGGCUCGCCUAUUCGACAGUGAAUUCGAAGAUAUACUGGGUUACCAUUAUUUUUGCCGAUAAUGGAGGAUCGUCAACAAACAGCAGUAAAGAAAGACCCAUACACUAGGAAUCUAUUGGACAAAGUGUUCCCAACUUCUACAGAUCUCUCAUCACAGGCCUGUGCCUCCUUCGGCACAAGGGAACUGUCUGGUCUGGAAACCCUUCAGACAUUCCUAGAUAAAGGUCUGAAGGAUGUGGUGGCCCAGGAGUGUGAGAAUGAUGUGGGAACGGAGGAGGGCGUGGCAGGCAAAGACUUCCACAUAAAACCAGUAUCUGAUGGCGGUCGGAUCAGUUUUGGGGAAGUGGAAUUUGACAUCGGUUCAAAUGUUGGAACAAUGCUGGUUGACUCCGACAGACUAGGGUUGACAAGUUACAGUAACUUCAGUACCAUGAGAGCCAACUGUUGUGUAUGCAAAGGUAAAUGGGUGUACGAGCUGAUGCUGGGAAGUAAAGGUGUGAUGCAGCUCGGCUGGUGUACCCUGUCCUGUAAAUUCUCAUAUGAGGAAGGUGUUGGAGACACUGUAAGAUCAUAUGCCUAUGAUGGAAGCAGGUUGAGGAAGUGGAACGUCAAAACACACCGAUAUGGAGAGCAAUGGUUGACUGGAGAUGUGAUUACCUGUGCUCUGGACUGUGACGCAGGGACAGCUACAUUUUACAGGAAUGGGAAGUCUAUGGGCGUCGCCUUCACAGACAUACAAGUGGGGAGUGGUCUGGCCUACUUCCCUGCUGUCAGCCUGUCCCAGGGCGAAAAUCUACAUGCUAACUUUGGAGCCACACCUCUUAGGUACCCUAUUGCGGGCUACCGACCACUCCAAGAUGUACCAUAUGCAAGUGUAGCAAAAGCACAUCUCCUGUUCAGCUACCUGGAAAACAUACACACAGAAAUGGCUGAUAGUUCCAGUAUGGGAAUGGAGUUCUUGGUGUCGGACAAGAAGAGUGUUCCACCUCCAAAGCUAGGAGAGUUCCCCAGCAACAAAUGUUCAAUAAUGCUUAUCGCUGCCCAUAUAUUUGAAAAGUUGGCACCCUUGCUGAGAAGUUCCUAUGUGGUGGAGGCGUGUCUGCUGCCGUUCCUGCUGAAGCUGUGUGACCAGACAUCCUAUAAGAGGGAACAGGUGGCAGUCCAGAGGCUACUCGACCAGAUGUGGUCUCUUAUGCAGGACCAUGAACUGAAGUCCUGCUUUGAGAACCUGUUGAUUUCCUUGCUCCAGUGUUACCGCUUCUCAUCAGUGACAGAAAACUUCUGUUCUGCUAACAAGUACCUGAUGCUGACCCUGAGUGUCCUCCAGCACGCCACCACGCGCCGCUAUCUCCUCAUACACGUCAUAUUUGACAAGGUCAAGUUCCCGAUCUUCAUGCACAUCAAACCCCCUGAUGAUGUGGGCCUACAGGAACUGGUUCCCACGGUCUGGUGGGACAGCUAUGAUAAGGAAGAGGACAAGCCACGUCCACCCAAGACUGAGGAGGAGAAAUCACGACAUACCAAAUACAUGCAGUCCUGUGAACACUUGAAACAGAAGAUAGAAGCUAUAGAAGACAUACAGGUGGAGAUCCUCAAGGUGUUACUCAUCCACAAGGACAUCAAAGAGGGGCAGACAUCUCGUCAGAUCUUCAUGGAGAAGUUUCGCUUGUUUCUACGCGAGAACAGUGGCAUGGGUCGUACUCAUCAGGUGUCCUUCUGUCCACUACCAGUGAUGCUGUGUUUUUUCCACCGGAUGGUCAGGGUAGUCCGACAUUACUGGGAUUUAUUUCAGGAGGAAGAUCAAAAGAGAUUCGUUUUUAGUGAUGAGGCCUAUGUACCAAUCCACGAGUUUUGGUCGGAGACGAGAAAUUACAUGGAUUUUCAAAGAUGUGGCGGUCUGGUGUCCCAUUUAAACAGGAUUUUGGGAGAUAGUGUAAACAAAGCUCAGGGUUUAUCAGUACAGGCAGAUGGCAAAGUGGUGUCAGUGGAUAAAAAGGAAGGAAAAGCUACCAAAACAGGUACAACCUACCCAGAGCUACAGAUGCCUAGUGGUAACUCCCUCAUGGAACUACUGGACGGGAUUGUCUUGUUGUACCAUAUAGCUGCCCACAAACAACUAACUAAGAUGGGGACUUUACGAGACAACAUGAAGGAAUAUGUCACUUCCCUGGAGGAUACAGAGUCAAAGCUGGAAAAGUGUCCUGAACAGCUUUUGGAAGUGAAAGCAGAGCUGGAGCGGGCUAGAGGUGUAUUUUUGGAGAGAGUUCUGGAACAAGGGAGACAAAUAGGAUGGGUGAUUGCUGUUAUAUACUCACAGAAUAAACAAGCUGACGUGGCAUGGUUGUUUGGCGUGGUGUUACGUACUAUAUCCAGGGCGUCUCAGUUCCACCUCCUAUUUCAGUACACACCGGAGUUCUAUAUAGAGACAGCCAUCAACAUCUACAACUGUCUAAAGAACUACUUCCACCCGACGAGUCCUUUUGAUUUGUUACGGAAUCACUCAGAGCUCACAAGCAAAUAUGCUAUGUUCCUUACCAGACACUUCGCAGAUUCUAGAAUUGUCAACACAGAUGUGAGAGAUAACGUUGUUCAGGCCCUGGCCUGUUUCAUCUGUUACCCUCAGUCCCUCAAGAUCCUAGAGGAUCUACCUGAUGCCAGCAAAGAGAGUAUGAUAAAAUCCUUGAUUAUGCCGUAUGAGAACAGAUCCUGGGCCCAAACAAACUGGAUCCUGGUUAGAAUCUGGAAGGGCUGUGGGUUUGGUUUCCGGUAUACCCACCUACCACACCUUGUACCGUCCAGAGUUCAGCCGACAGAGUUCGGGUUUGCCAGUCUACAGAAGCCGUGCCCGUCAAAGGUUUUUCAGGAUCUUUUCCGCACUGUGUUGCUAAGAGACAAGGAGGCGGCCAUUCGCUUUGUGGAUACACUACUCAACCAGCUCAACUGGUCCUUCUCGGAGUUUAUUGGGCUGAUGCAGGAGAUACAGCAGAGAGUAGCACGGACAGACUUUAGGAUCCUGGAGAGUCGACAGCUAAAGAUUUGUGCCACAUGCUUUGAGAUAGCGGUGUAUCUACUGCGGGUCCUGGAGAUGGUGGUCAAUGUUUCCCCAGAGAUUUUCCUCAAUACUUUAGAAUCCUCCUCAGACCUCCUACUAGGGCGUGUGUUUCAGGUGCUGUGUCAAGUUUUAAACAGAGUAACAACAAGAGAUGGAAUGUUUGAUACUGUGGUGUCCAUGUACAUUCAGGGUCUGGAGAGUGUAUCCCACUUCCCCAUUCUGGCGGCCACUAUAGGAAUAUUGGACCAGUUAUUGCUCAAGUCAGGAAAGGAGAAUAGGAUGCAUGCCACCAAGUGCCUGGUGGCAGAUGCCGGAUUCCAAGUGUCAGCCCUGGAGUUCCUAUUAGGAUCUCCAGACCAGCCCCAACCAACUGACAGCUCAGCUGAUAAACACAAGUUUUUCUCCCUCCAGAAAUUUGAGGAGGUGAGUGAGGAGGAGAUGACUACAGUACGGGAUUUCCUCGCCCACAUCAAACAUCACGUGGCCACAAUCUCAAGUAAAGAGGAGGUGAUUAAGGAUGAUGAACUGUGUACGAUAUGCUAUGCCUUUCCACUGUCUGCCAAGUUUACACCCUGUGGACAUUUGUCAUGCAGGAACUGUAUCAGCUAUCAGAUGAUGAGGAAAAAAGAGUGUUUCUUCUGUAAAGUGGUCGUCACAGAGGUUUGUGACCUGGAUGGAAAGGUCAUCAUACAGAAUACAUCUGUAGGUAGCAAUCACUGACCACUCGGACAUUUGUAAAAUAGAUUUGAUGGUCAGUGUUUGUGUGCAGUCAGCAAGGAGCAGUUUCUGACCAGACUUUUGUUACAUGGACUUGUGGUUGUUACAUGGAUUUGCUGGUCCGUGUGUGCACACUUCCACUGAUAAAUCACUGACCUCUCCAGACAUUUGUGACAUGGAUUUGCUGGUCCGUGUGUGCACACUUCCACUGAUAAAUCACUGACCACUCCAGACAUUUGUGACAUGAUUUGCUGGUCAGUGUGUGCACACUCCCACUGAUAAAUCACUGACCACUCCAGACAUUUGUGACAUGGUUUGCUGGUCAGUGUACUGUGCGCAUAUGGCUGCAACAGGGUAUUAAAUUACAGACUACUCAAAAUGUUUGUGACAUUGAGUUAACGGUCAGAGUGUGGACAUAGUCACAGGAAGUAAUCAACGAGAACUCCAAAAAGUUGUGACAACAUCAUCAGUGAUAGGUUCACUGUAAAGAAAAUAUUAACUGACCAGUCCCAAGGUCUACAACUAUUAAAGAGGCACUUGUUAUAAUUCACAGUUCAGCAAGUUUUAUCCUCCUAGUACAUGAGUGUCAGGUCGACGAGGAAUUAUCGAUAUCCUUCAUGGUACACUGCGAAAGGCUGCAGAAUAUUGUGUAUACUGCAGAUAAUGUUAGUUUUAAUUGUUAUUGGGGAGGAUUUCAAUUUUGUGAAUGGAGAGACAACAUAUAUCCAGUAAGUGUAGCUCAAUAUUUGUUGUCAAAAUAAUUUAAUCUGGUGAUCAACUCUUAUCACAAAGUGACACUAAAAUAUAUAUCACUUGUGAAGCCAGUGAUUUAUAAUACCACAGAGACAAAGUCAAUUUAUCAACGGGUUUCUAUAGAUUUGUCCUGUCAGUGAAAAUUUAAGAAUUCAAAAAUGAGAUUAUCAAAUGAAAAAUGUUGCCAUUCAUUUGUUAUUGCUAAAAAACUAAAUAUUUUAUCUCUUCAGAAUUAUUUACCGAUACUGCUAGAUUUUCUUUUCUCAUAAGAUUUAAAAGUAGUGGGUUGACGUUAAUUAUCGUGGUAAUUACCACAAAUAGUUAUUGAAUCGUCCCCAGUAUUGCACCGUUUAUAAAUUCCUCGUGUUAUGGCUAACACUAGGUAAAUUUCUCCCAGGUAUUGUUCAAGUAUUGGAUAGUUCUCAUGUUGCAACACUAGGUUUUUACAUAGGUAACCAACUGUGAUAUUUUUGUUACUUAUAUUUUCUGUGUGCUACCUGUUUUAAUGAUUAACUAUCGCACAGCAUAUUAAUGAUCAAGGAAAUAUUUUCAUUACUUAAUGCAGGAUUGAAAAUGGUGCGUUAUGUAUUGUGAACAAUAAAAAAUAUUGUAUGAAC